UCAGCGGCGGCCGCGCAUGCGCGGAGCCUGCGGGGCUCUGUCAGCUGCUCCGGGCGGUGCUGUGCUCCUGCUCUCGGCCCGACCAUGUCCUACGGACCGCUGGACCCCUACCGCCCCGGGCCGACGGCCCCGCCGCGGGACUUUGGCGCCAUCAUCCAGACAUGCAGCGCCAACGUGCAGCGCAUCGCGCAGUACACUGCUCAAAUAAAGAAUUUGAUGAUCCAGCUGGGAACCAAGCAGGAUUCCAGCAAGCUUCAGGAGAACUUACAGCAGCUCCAGCACUCUGCCAACCGCCUGGCCAAGGAGACCAAUGAGUACCUCAAGGAGCUGGGCUCUCUGCCGCUGCCUCUCUCUGCUUCGGAGCAGCGCCAGCAGAGGCUCCAGAAGGAGCGUUUGAUGAACGACUUCUCCACAGCCUUAAACAACUUCCAGGCAGUACAGAGGCGAGUGUCAGAGAAGGAAAAAGAGACUGUGGCAAGGGCAAGAGCUGGCUCCCGCAUCUCUGCUGAUGAGCGCUUCAGAGAAGAGCAGCUUGUGUCCUUUGACAGUGGUGAAGAUUGGAAUCAAAUGCAGUCUCAGGAUGAAGAUGUGGCAAUAACUGAACAGGACCUUGAACUCAUUAAAGAAAGAGAAACAGCAAUCAGGCAAUUAGAGGCAGACAUUUUGGAUGUCAAUCAGAUAUUUAAGGAUUUAGCCAUGAUGAUCCAUGACCAAGGAGAUAUGAUUGAUAGCAUAGAGGCAAAUGUGGAAAGUGCAGAAGUCCACGUGGAAAGAGCCAGUGAGCAGCUACAGAGAGCUGCCUAUUAUCAGAAGAAAUCCCGUAAGAAGAUCUGUAUCCUGAUUCUUGGCCUUACUGUGGCAUGUAUAAUCAUAGGAAUCAUUAUCUUGCUGACAAACAAAUGAAAGCUCCAGGUGGGACCCAGUCUCAUUGCUGAGAUUCCUUUCCCUCAGAGCGAACAGGCUGACCAGGCUCGGAAAUGAACUGAGAGCACAAGCUGGAACUACUCCUGGUAAUAGAUAUUAGCAACUAAUGUGCAGAUAAGUAGUAUUUGGAAUUAGUGAACCAUGGAGACAGUAUUUAUCAGUUUAUAUACAAAUUAUAUUGUUUUAUGUAACAAAGAUCUCGUGGGUUUGCUUUCUCUACUGUAUUAUUCCCUGUCCCAAGUGUAUGCUGAAGUGUGAUCAAUAAUUGGAGCUGUCUUGCUUUUGACAAGUGGCAAACCUGUAACCUUUUAUGUGUGUGGGUAACUCUGGUGGACUGGAAUAAGAAUGACCUUCAAAGAGGGCACAACACUGAUUUCACACAACCUUAGUCCAGCAGUUUCUGACGUCUCCAGUAUCUGGCCCAUGGUUUUAUUAGUUCCCAAGUGGUUGUGGUCGUCGAUUCUCUUGAAGAGAAGGAUGUCAUUACAGGUGUGAAUGGCAAGGAGAAGCAUGCAUGGGUGACAGUUGGAACCACCAUGUGCUGGCCAGUGUAGCCUUGUGAUGUUUCAUUUUCUCAGCAUGGUUUGAGUGGUUCUUCUGUCCAAAAUUCUACAUUUGAGGACAAGAUGUUCUUUGACUUAGAAUCUAACAAUGCAACUUCCUUAGAGACUUCAGCUGGUUGUUUAUUCCUGGACAAAUACCUUCCAGUGCUGACUCCCAAGCACUAGAAAUACCAAGUUUAGCUGUUCUGUUUGUCUGCAGAAACUUCCAGGGUGAAAAGUCACGUUAAAAUAAGGAAGUGGGCACCAAAGUUUACCAGCUAGCAAGAUAGAUGACUGGUAGAUGAAAUCUUGCUCCUGAAGAAGUACCCCUGGAGCUCCUUUGUAGCAUACUAGUAAAUAUCACGCGUGGCUUGUUAACACCUGGUGGUUCCCCUUCUUUCUGACUCAUAGAGCAGAAGCUGGCCGAGUGAAGUGCUGGGUUUCUCAGGCUGAGGAUGGGGGUGCAAACAGAAGCUGGCUGCUCCCAGCUGUCUUUCUAGUAGGGCUAGUCUGGGUAGCAGCCACUCCCCGCUCUGAUAGAGCUCUGAACUGACAUUUACUGAGGGAACAAAAAUCUGUCCAGAGCCCAACUGAGUGUGGUGAAUGCAGCAUACUGCCCCAUUUUGUAUUUGCUCCUUAUUCCGUGUCUCCUGUGUAAUAGUCAAUGUGAAACUGGGAGGGAGGUGUUCUCCCCCCCGCAGUGCUCUGCACUCCUGCACCAUCAUUCCAUCUAACAACCAUCAAUAAACGCUUUUAAAAGCCUGGA